AUGGCAGUGGUGGUGUGCUACCAUGGCUGGCGUACUUUCGAGGACAUCUUCAACGUUAAGGACAUGGACCCGGAGGGCAAGAAGUUCGAUCGUGUGUCCCGCCUGCACUGCGAGUCCGAGUCCUUCAAGAUGGACCUCAUCCUGGACAUCAACUCGUGGCUCUAUCCCAUGGAGCUGGGCGAUAAGUUCCGUCUGGUCCUGGCCACCACGCUGCGCGAGGAUGGCUGCCCGGACAGCGGGGAGUACAAUCCAAUGGAGCACGAGGGCACGCGGGCGGACAGCUUCGAGUACGUCAUGUACGGCAAAAUCUACCGGAUCGAGGGCGACGAGGCGCACAACGAGGCUUCCCGGCUCUGCUACGUGUCCUUCGGCGGCCUGCUAAUGCGACUGCGGGACGCGAACAAUCUUCACGGCUUUGAGGUGGAUCAGCACAUGUACCUGUUGAUGAAGAGACUGGCCUUCUGAAUUUCCCUUCUACUUGUUUCCGUUCGAAAAUUAGACAUAAACAACAAACUUUAUUUACAGUGU